UUUCUUGUCGUGACGUAACGGCGGAGAAACUGAAUAUGAAGUUUAGAAGAAGUCUGACAAGUGACAGCGCAGAGUGACACUCGGGUGUGUGCGCCGACUGGCAGAUUUCACAGUGGACACAGUCAAAAGAGGAUCCUGUAUGGAGUCAAUUCGUAGAACUAAUGAAGGCACCAAGCAAAAUGCAAACCUGGAGACACCACCUGGAGAGCUGUGGUCAGCCAGUGAUGAGCUCACAUCAAAAAACAAGAUGCAAGUAAUGUGUCUUCCAGGUGUGGACUACGUGUCUUGGAUUUAUCAGUAUGGGAAACAAAAUUCCAUAGACAUCAAGUUUUUGGAACAGUUUUCCUGCCACGUAAGAACUGAUGAGCAAGAGUUUGCUAAUGUGGUAGGUAAAAGAAAAAAAGAAGCAAAACAUGAGGCGGCCAAACUUGCAUAUGAAGAACUUACACAAGACAGCAGUACACAGUCUGCGAGUAGAACAAAGUGGAGUAUGCCAUCAGUGAGUGAAGACUAUAUAUCUUGGCUUCAUCAGUAUGGGAAAAAGAACCGCACCUCUGUCAGAUUUGUGGAAAGGUUUGCUGGACAGUUCAUAAUUGGUAACCAGGAAUUUGGUAAUAGUGUAGCUGAAAGAAAAAAGGAAGCAAAACAUGAAGCAGCAAAGAUGGCAUACGAGGAACUCACUAAAGACAGCCAUGCACAGAUUACAAAAAAAUCUAAAAUACAGAAGCAUCUACAUGGAACCAGCACCGUAACACCAAGCUCUUCUGUGGUAGGAGAUGUUGAAAUGAACUCAUUCACAAUGCCAAGAAGACUGAAUGCCAGGCAAUCAAGUUCGUCUGUGGAGGGACCACAAGCAGAUAUUGAAAUGAAGUCAGUGACAAUGAAAAGACGGCUGGAAUCCCACACUCCAAGCAGCAAGAUGUCAUCCUGUUCAAGAAUUAGUCCUUCUGUGAUGGGACCACAAGCAGAUGUUGAAAUGAAGUCAGUCUCAAUAAGUAGACCGCUGGAAUUCCAAACCCCAAGCAGAAAAACAUCAUCAUCUUCAGGCAUAAGCUCUAAUAAGAAAACAAGGUAUGAAGAAAAUCUAAGUGGUGGUCAUGAUGACAGUGAUGAGGAUGAGUCCAUUAUAGACAGUAAACCCAGACAUAAAGCAUCUAAGACCAGUCCUCCUAAUUUGGAAAACAAUUUUAUUAAAGCCAAAAGUGACCAAGUGACAAGAAUGGUUCCUGCCUCAAAUGUCCCAGGAUUGGAGUAUGAGUUUCAGGAAAUAAGCCAUCUUGGCAAAGGAGGUUUUGGAAAUGUAUGGAAAGCUAGGAAGAUAAUCGACAAGACUUUUUAUGCAGUGAAAAGAGUCAAGUAUAAUAAGAAAGCUUCCCGUGAAGUUGCUGCAUUGGCAAAACUGGAACAUACAAAUAUUGUGCGAUAUUUUACUUCAUGGAUAUCUACAGAACUACCAGAAAACCCUAUGAGUUUGUCAGUAAGCUCCAGUAGUUCAAGUUCUGAUCCCAGCAUUCCACAGACGUAUCUGUAUAUUCAAAUGAAAUAUUGUGACAAAGGAACUUUGAAAAACUGGAUCUAUGGAAAUCCCAAGAAAAGUAAAAUGGAGGCUUUGCACAUGUUUAAGCAAAUUGUUGCUGGAGUUGGGUACAUCCAUUCACAUAAUCUAAUUCACAGAGAUCUAAAGCCAAAAAACAUAUUUCUAGAUAAAGAUGAGACUGCAAAAAUUGGAGAUUUCGGUUUAGCCACCUCAAAAAGUGAUGAAAAUGAUGACUCUUUACUCCAAAGGACAACAGGAACAGGAACACCGAUAUACAUGAGUCCUGAACAGAUGAAUCAGCAGAAUUAUGAAAAUGAAGUGGACAUUUAUGCCCUAGGACUCAUUUUCUUUGAGAUGCUUUGGCCGACUUCAACUAAAGCAGAAAGAAGUAAAAUUUGGCCUGAAGUAAGAAAAGGAACGUUUCCUGAACAGUUUUAUAAGAAGAACAUACAAGAAAGUGUGCUAAUUAGAACAAUGCUGUCUGAAGACCCAAAAAUGAGGCCAACAGCUGACUUUGUUGCUGAAAGAGUGGAAGAGAUAAUCUCAAAUCAUGGUCGGAUUUCAAAAACUAUAUAGGAAAUCUAUGUUUUCUUUAUGCUGCAGGGCCAGCUACUACCAACAGUGGAAAACUGGAUCUUCUGUUUUAUAUGAACGGUUUAACUUUUCUGUAAAAAAUUUUACAUGUUUUUUUCUAUUUUUAUUGAGCAAAUUAUUUUUAUUGACUAUAAAUCAAUAGUUUAUGUUUAUUAUUUGCUCCAUUUUAUCAACAAUAUCCUUAACAGAAAACAAUUUUCAUCAUUCCUUAGUUUGUGCUCCUCUGGUUAUGCAGAAACCAAUGCAUCAAACCAUCUUCCAAACCUACAGUACUUAUCCAGAGCAGGAGCUCAGGAAAGCUGACACAAAUCCCAUCAAGCACUGGGCAUAAAGCAGGAAUAAUCCCUGGAUAGGGUAUCCGCUCAUCACAUUGUGAACACACCAAUUUAGUAUUGCCAAUCCACAUAACCUGCAUGUGUUUGAAUGGUGGGAGGAACCUGGACCAUCUGCAGGAAACUCAUGCAGACAUGGCAAGAACAUGCAAACUCCAUGCAGGGAGCACCCAGGACUUGAACCCCAGUGUUCUUGUUGCAAGGCACUAUUAUUUUACACCUUACGCAGAACCCAAUAUAACUAGUUACUUGUAGUCUAGGAGUCCAAAUGGAGUAAAAUUUGUCACUUCUUAAUUAUUCUGUGUUGACUUGAAGUGACUUUUGAAUGCCAAAAUGCAUAUGGAGUAAUAAACGUGGCACUAUUUGUCAAUAGACUGCUUCUGAAAACAAAUAUUUUAAGAGCAGAUUACUUACAGUUAUCAAAUAGAAACUGUUAUACAUUUUACUUUGGCUGCAAUUAAAAACCAGUACUAGAAAAGUACCGAAAAACAAAAUUUAAAAUGGUACGGUAUUAGCAUUUUGGUGCUUUUGGUACCAGGAGUAAACGUCAGCUUUCCUGUCAAUAAGACCAAAGAUUUUUUUUUAUGUUGCAUUAUUUGUAUUCUUUAGUAUAUUAUUUAUUCUAAUAUAUACUGACAUUUAUCUUUGAAUUAUCUGUAUCUUUUAAUGCAGAAAUUUAGCAACAUACAGUAAAUGCUUGUUGUGUGUUUUUUUUUUUUUGUCCAAGGGAUAAGUGUCUCCUGCAUAUCACUAAAAGAAAGGUGGACAGUGCAAUACCACUAGCAUAUACGGUCUUGUUAUUCUGAUAUUGUUCCAUAUGCUUAACUCAUGUACUGUAUUUGCACAAUAAGUAAUAAAAAUCAGGCAUUCUU